GGCAAAACUAUAUGUCUCGUACCAAUCAAACCAAAGUCAAUAGUAAUAAUAUUUGGUACAAGUUAACCGGCAAACCACUAAACCUAAUUUUCAAUUCUGAGGUUUUUUUAGUCAGAUUUCUUCUGGAACCCAAAAUCACUUUCUUCUUUUCAUCUCUUCUCCGACACCGUUACUUCAAGAUAAACAAAAGAAAUCUUUAGGAAUUGAUCCAAAGUGGGGGGGAUUAAUGGGAACCAUAGACCUUAGAGCUGCUGUAGAUGGAAACUUGAUUGCGGAUCUUAGUAGUCAAGUUCACCAGCUCCCUUGCUGCAUUAGAUUCGAUGGUCCUGCUGAAGUUUCCCACUAUUUCAAGCCUAAUUCCAGUGAGGUUGAAGUUGAUGGAGUAAGAACGAAAGAAGCUCAUUUCAGAGGAAGGAAGUUGCAAGGAGCAACUAUCUCACUCCCUAUUGGCUAUUCUGGUUUUGUGCUUCAACAAGCGAGUAACCUGAAUGCUAAUGGAAAAAGAAAAGCUUCUAGUAUCACGGACGAGAACACGUGUUGGGAAGCCAAGGCCAAAUUCGAUAACCUGACAUACUGGAAUCACGAUAAUCUCCCUUCAAAAGACGAUACUUUUGUGCGGUCUUUUCAUUGGUAUAACAUUGCAGAUGCGCUGCACAAGCCUGUGAAAGUUGAAGACUUGGUUGCAGCAGUUUCACAUGGUGGAAAGGAUCAACUAUGAAAGUGGCAUUAGAACGUUGAACAAACCAUAAAACCAAGUAAGAAGGUCACGUAAGAACGUUUGUUGACAUAUAAUUCUCAAGGCUUGUUGGAUUAGUCCAUUUGAUGAUGAGUUGUGUUAUUUUCUGUAUAAUAUUUAAAUUCUAUGAUUUUGAAUUGUUUUCAAAAAAAUGAAUUUAUUUGCC